AUGUCUCACCUCAAGAUCAGAUCAGACGUCCACAGGUCUGUGGAGGAGAGGCGGGGGAGAGGAGAGGAGAAGAGGAAGAGAGGGGAGGAGAAAGCAGGGUAUGAUGCUAGAGAACAUUGCACCUUGGUUCUGAGGGCCAGAAACACCUGCCAGUUCCCUUUAACCCCCAUAAUGUCAUGAAUAAAAUACUUAAAAGUGGCAAAGGACUUGACAUAGUUCAAUUGUGACCAAUCGAGACACAAGAAGCCAAUUCUGCCACAACCAACAACAGUAUUCUUACAGUUGGUUAGAUCUCACUAUGAGAAAAGAAGGACAGCACAUGUGCUUGUUUUCAGGGAUUUUAACCUCUCAAGCCACUCAGAUACUUUACUGGCUGGCAGCACAUUAUCAUUCUAAUCUAUGACUAGGAGCUUGACAACUGUUUUUAACGUGUUGGCCUAUCACAUUGCCAGAACAGAAAUCUAUGUUUGGUUGAAGUUCUUAGAGUGUGACAACAAGUCAUAAUGCUGUACAGAGGUGAAGAGAAUCAUAGCAUAGCAUCAUGCCACCACAGUCUCUCUGUUUCUCCCUGAAGAUGACACCUCCCAGUUGCCUGGUGUCUUGAACGGUCACAAGCACUUUACUUUUCUCCAUUACAAACCACCCAAUGACUCACAUACAGUGUAAUUUUUAUGUAGUCAUCUUAUAGUGAUAGAUCAGAGCGGUAUGUUUCUCACCAUUCUAGAUCCUAAGUAUGCGCAGAGGCACCAUGGGAGAUAUCAGCUCUCCCCCAGGGCAUGCUGGUCCUUUCUACCCAUGAGGCUGUUGGUGGCGGUGCGUUGGUGACAGUGUAGCACCACCACCAGCCGCCUUACAGCUUCCCCUGAGAACGCCACAAUCUGUGAACGCCCUUGUCACCAUUACCUCCUCCAGGUGUGAGAGGAGCGUUUCACGACGAGGCCAUAAAGAGAAGUAUGCUCCCUAAUCGUUUUUAUUUUCCUUUUUUUCUCCCUCUCUGUUCUUUAAGCGGUCGCCACCGUGUCUGUCUAUGUCCUCUGAGCUAUCGGCUAUCUGCUCAAUCUUUCAGCUGCUAACUGCUAAGGGACAGAGGCUCUCUCUCUCUCUCUCUCUCUCACACCACAUUGUAAUCUCUACUUGGCCAGGGUGAGAGACUGAGAGACUAAGCUGAUGAUUAUUACGCAGAAUCACUUCAACACCAGGCACGGGGCUUGAGAUGUUCAACUGUGCACAGGUUGGCAACAUAUUUUAGUUGAUAGAAUGGGUGGCUUCAGUUGGCUACAGUAGGCUGUCUGAGGAAGGGCUGGUUACUUUGGUCUACAUAAGGUUUUUGGAGGGACCAGGGGUGGCUAGGCUUGACUGGGCUACUGUGUUUCUCAAUAGGCAGAUUGUUAUGUACUUAUACCUUGGCUAAACGCACAGAUGGCUCAUCAGAGUUAGUGCCCAUGUCACAGAACGAACCCUAACAAUUAAUUAGUGAGAGUGCUUUAGACAACAAAUUGUUUUCUUCUUGUUCACCCGGUUACUUUUUGUGUGGCUAUGCAUUUGCGUUGGAUAAUCAGAGGGAGGGGAGGUCUAUGAUUAAAUGUUAACUCUUGCCUGAAUCAAUUUGUGUGUUCCUACCUUUUCUAGUGUAAAUGUAAAUGUGAAAUUGACUUAACUAGUGUAAUCAUGUCUGUCAUAAGCAUCGCCUGAGACCCUCUUAGUACCUCCACACCUCUGGUUAACUGUUUAAUUUGCUAGGCAAAUCUGUAUAAAUAACACCUCUUAACAAUAACAUUUCUUUUUUUUCUUCAAGGGCUAUCUAACCAAUAUGAAAACAAUAUGUUUUAAACCAUGUCUAUCGAAAUAAAGAAACUGAUUGUGUCUUGCAGGACUUUGCCGAUUCAAUAUUCCGCUUGGUGAGGGAGAAAUACCACGAACUGGCAGACAGCUGCACCCCCAUGCAUGCACGACUCAGAGCCCUGGCAGGUAUCGUAAUGACCAGAGGUAUGGCACAUUUCCUUGACUUUUAUAUCACAUUACAUUUUUAAACAGGAAAAAAAUAUGUAUAUAUAUAUGUACAGUUGAAGUCGGAAGUUUACAUACACUCGUUUUUCAACCACUCCACAAAUGUAUUGUUAACAAACUAUAGUUUUGGCAAGUUGGUUAGGACAUCUACUUUGUGCAUGGCACAAGUCAUUUUUCCAACAAUUGUUUACAGACAGAUUAUUUCACUUAUAAUUCACUGUAUCACAAUUCCAGUGCGUCAGAAGUUUACAUACACUAAGUUGACUGUGCCUUUAAACAGCUUGGAAAAUUCCAGAAAAUGAUGUCAUGGCUUUAGAAGCUUCUGAUAGGCUAAUUCACAUAAUUUGAGUCAAUUGGAGUUGUACCUGUGGAUGUAUUUCAAGGCCUACCUUCAAUCUCAGUGCCUCUUUGCUUGACAUCAUGGGAAAAUCAAAAGAAAAAUUGUAGACCUCCACAAAUCUGGUUCAUCCUUGGGAGCAAUUUCCAAACGCCUGAAGGUACCACGUUCAUCUGUACAAACAAUAGUACACAAGUAUAAACACCAUGGGACCACGCAGCAGUCAUACCACUCAGGAAGGAGACGCGUUCUGUCUCCUAGAGAUGAACGUACUUUGGUGCGAAAAGUGCAAAUCAAUCCCAGAACAACAGCAAAGGAUGCUGGAGGAAACAUGUACACAAUUAUCUAUAUCCACAGUAAAACUAGUCCUAUAUCGACAUAACCUGAAAGGCCUCUCAUCAAGGAAGAUGCCACUGAUCCAAAACCGCCAUAAAAAAGCCAGACUACCGUUUGCAACUGCACAUGGGGACAAAGAUCGUACUUUUUGGAGAAAUGUCCUCUGGUCUGAUGAAACAAAAAUAGAACUGUUUGGCCAUAAUGACCAUUGUUAUGUUUGGAGGAAAAGGGGGGAAGCAUGCAAGCCGAAGAACACCAUCCCAAUCGUGAAGCACGGGGAUGGCAGCAUCAUGCUGUGGGGGUGCUUUGCUGCAGGAGGGACUGGUGCACUUCACAAAAUAGAUGGCAUCAUGAGGAAGGAAAAUUAUGUGGAUAUAUUGAAGCAACAUCUCAAGACCUCAGUCAGGAAGUUAAAGCUUGGUCGCAAAUGGGUCUUCCAAAUGGACAAUGACCCCAAGCAUACUUCCAAAGUUGUAGCAAAAUGGCUUAAGGACAACAAAGCCAUGGUAUUGGAGUGGCCAUCACAAAGCCCUGACCUCAAUCCUAUAGAAAAUGUGUGGGCAGAACUGCAAAAGCGUGUGCGAGGCCUACAAACCUGACUCAGUUACACUAGCUGUCAGGAGGAAUGGGCCAAAAUUCACCCAACUUAUUGUGGGAAGCCUGUGGAAGGCAACCCGAAACGUUUGACCCAAGUUAAAUAAUUUAAAGGCAAUGCUACCAAAUACUAAUUGAGUGUAUGUAAACUUCUGACCCACUGAGAAUGUGAUGAAAGAAAUUAAAGCUGAAAUAAAUCAUUCUCUCUACUAUUAUUCUGACAUUUCACAUUCUUAGUGGUGAUCUUAACUGACCUAAGACAGGGAAUUUUUACUAGGAUUAAAUGUCAGGAAUUGCGAAAAACUGAGUUUAAAUGUACUUGGCUAAGGUGUAUGUAAACUUCCGACUUCAACUAUAUAUAAAUAUAUAUAUAUAUAUAUAUAUAUAUAUAUAUAUAGAGAGAGAGAGAGAGAGAAAGAGAGAGAGAGAGACUGCAUCCUCGUGCACCUGCAGAGCGUCAUAUACAUAUACAGACAUUGUACCCGUGUCACUCAUCCAGCUAUACACCGUGCUACAGUACCUAUACUCCUGUCGGUUUGACAGUAGCUCCGCUGGUUUUAGAGAACUACAGAAGUGUUUAACUCCCUCAAUGACUUUCUUAUUACUGUCAAUCGUCAGGAGUGCAAUACUGUGUUAUUAAUGUCUAAAAACUGGACGAUAGCCCUAUUAGCCAACAAAAGCCAUUAAAAUGUCCAUUGUAAACACACUUUGUUGUGACUGUUGUUCCCAGUCUUUCUCCUCACCUGGUAUUUGUAUUGGGCCCUCACACACAAUCUGUGUCUUUUAGAAACUAAUAACCCUAUAAGCCUAUUAGCCAAGUGAAUUAAGAGAAUUAAUAAACAAAAUGUCAAUUCAGUGCUUCAAUAAUAUGUAUUUUAAACAGAAUUUUGAAUUUAUAUCUCAUAUAGACAUUUCAACCGUGUCCCAAACGGCACUCUAUUCCCUUUAUACAGCUAAGGGCCCUGGUCAAAAGCAGUGCACUAUAAGGGGAAUAGGGUGUCAUUUGGGACGCAUCCUGUCUUUAUCUCCACCUGGUAUUUACAUUGGGCCCUAGCUCUCAUCUCCCACACAGAGCUGUAGUGUGCUUAAGUGGAGAGCUUUAUCGCUUUGCCUGGCUGCAGUCUGCAGGGCUCAGUGUGAUGGCUGUGUGGUGGCUGGUGAGGAUGGAUCAGUAUCUCCACCAGUCUGUCUGUGUUGAGAGCGGCGGCUCAUCAAUUUAGACUUCACUGAGACCCGGCUCGCCUUGACCUAAUCUUAUUCCGCUACUCUCCCUGACGCUCAAUAAUUGCUACUUUUUGUUUAUUAAUAGGCAGUGUUAUCUUCAAAGAUCCAGACGCAUACACAGCUGUAGCUGGAGCUGCCCAAGUAAUUGUGAUUGUGAGAGAGAGAGAGCGCGAGAGCUAUAGCGAGCUAGCAGGCAGCAGACACAAACUUGACAGGAACACUAGGGGUUCUGUUUUCUGUUCCCCCUCUCUCUCUCUCUCUGAACAUCUAUUGGGUAUCUCAGAAGUGUGCACGCACCACCGGUAUAUUAAUAGAGGGACGCAACUUUGAACCACAGCACCCCUCCUACCCCUCCCGCCCAACAUACUCCCAUUCAAGGCCUGUGGAGACAAUUCCAACCUGGGCGAGAUUUGAUUUGUCACUGGCACAGCGAGGCUCUUAUUGGUUAUGUGGCUAUAGAAGGCAAAGUAAACAGAAAACACAUUGGGUUAGAAGGUGCGGAUAAUUUCAUUUGUAUCUAAGAUAGUGUUGGUCCUUGGAGAUGGAAAUGAGUUUAAGACAUCAGAGUUCCCCUUGGAAAGCAUGCCAAAGUCGUUUUAUUGACUACCUGUUUGGUAUGGAGAUGUUUUAACACAGCCUGUAAUUCAGUUGGGAUAUGUGAGUCUCUCUUCCACAGAGUGAAAUCAUAGGAGAUUAAAUAGAAACAGUUCAGAGAGUGAGAAGAAGCAAGUAGUGAAUUAUUGCUUUUUAUGGUUUGAAGUCUGGUGGUGGGUAUCCAUUUCCACAGAAGAUUUCUCUCUCUUUAUACUUUUUGUAAUCUGUUGUUGCCUCCCCUGCUUGGAGAGGAUGGUCGGGGGGCCUGAACUUAAUGAUUAUAUUUUGUACAAUGCAAAUUGACCACAACUAAGCCCAAAAAGAGACUGGAUUUGAAAAUAACAGUCAUUGAUUACGUUGAGCCACGAUCACAUAUGUAAAAAACAAUAUUUGUGGUAAUACUUGGGAACAGAUUUCCUAAAUUAAACUAAUUUUAGCUGAAUUCCUGGUGAUUUUAGUGUAUUUUACUACCGGUCAAAAGUUUUAGAACACCUACUCAUUCAAGGGUUUCUCUUUAUUUUUACUAUUUUCUACAUUGUAGAAUAAUAGUGAAGACAUCAAAACUAUGAAAUAACACAUAUGCUUCAACAAAUUACUGAGUAAAGGGUCUGAAUACUUAUGUAAAUAGGAUAUUUAGUUUCUUAUUUUUUAUAAAUGUGCAACAAUUUCUAAAAACCUGGUUUUGUUUGUCAUUAUGGGGUAUUGUGUGUAGAUUGAUGAGGGAAAAAAAAGAUUGAAUCCAUUUUAGACUAAGGCUGUAACGCAACAUAAUGUCGAAAAAGUCAAGGGGUCUGAAUACCUUCCGAUUGCACUGUAUAUACUGAACAAAAAUAUAAAUGCAACAUGUAAAGUGUUGGUGCCAUGUCCCAUGAGCUGAAAUAAAAGAUCCCAUUAAUUUUCCAUAUGCACAAAAAGCUUAUUUCUGUCAAAUUUUGUGAACAAAUUAGUUAACAUCCCUGUUCGUGAGCAUUUCUCCUAUCAAGAAGCUGAUUAAACAGCAUGAUCAUUACACAGGUUCACCUUGUGCUGGGGACAAUAAAAGGCCACUCUAAAAUGUGCAGUUUUGUCACACAACACGAUGCCACAGAUGUCUCAAGUUUUGAGGGAGUGUGCAAUUGGCAUGCUGACUGCAGGAAUGUCCACCAGAGUUGUUGCUAGAGAAUGUAAUGUUAAUUUCUCUACCAUAAGCCGCCUCCAACGUCGUUUUAGAGAAUUUGGCAGUACGUCCAACCGGCCUCACAACCGCAGACCACGUGUAACCACGCCAGCCCAGAACCUCCACAUCCGGCUUCUUCACCUGUGGGAUCGUCUGAGACCAGCCACCCGUACAGCUGAUGAAACUGAGGAGUAUUUAUGUCUGUAAUAAAGCCCUUUUUUGGGGAAAAACUAAUUCUGAUUGGCUGGGCCUGGCUCCCCAGUGGGUGGGCCUGGCUCCCUGCCCAGUCAUGUGAAGUCCAUCGAUUAGGGCCUAAUGAAUUUAUUUAAAUUGACUGAUUUCCUUAUAUGAACUGUAACUCAAUAAAAUCGUUUAAAUUGUUGCAUGUUGCAUUUAUAUUUUUGUUCAGUAUAUACAGUGCCUUGCAAAAGUAUUCAUACCCCUUGGCGUAUUUUCCUAUUUUGUUGCAUUACAACCUUUAAUUUAAAUGGAUUUUUUUUGUAUUUCAUGUAAUGGACAUACACAAAAUAGUCCAAAUUGGUGAAGUGAAAUGAAAAAAAUAACUUGUUUAAAAAAAAUUGAAAAAAUAAAUAACGGAAAAGUGGUGCGUGCAUAUGUAUUCACCUCCUUUGCUAUGAAGCCCCUAAAUAAGAUCUGGUGCAAUCAAUUACCUUCAGAAGUCACAGAAUUAGUUAAAUAAAGUCCACCUGUGUGCAAUCUAAGUGUCACAUGAUCUGUCACAUGAUCUCAGUAUAUAUACACCUGUUCUGAAAGGCCCCAGAGUCUGCAACACCACUAAGCAAGGGGCACCACCAAGCAAGCGGCACCAUGAAGACCAAGGAGCUCUCCAAACAGGUCAGGGACAACGUUGUGGAGAAGUACAGAUCAGGGUUGGGUUUUAAAACAAUAUCUGAAACUUUGAACAUCCCACGGAGCACCAUUAAAUCCAUUAUAAAAAAAUUGAACGAAUAUGGCACCACAACAAACCUGCCAAGAGAGGGCCGCCCACCAAAACUCACGGACCAGGCAAGGAGGGCAUUAAUCAGAGAGGCAACAAAGGGACCAAAGAUAACAUUUACAUUUUUACAUUUUAGUAAUUUAGCAGACGCUCUUAUCCAUAGCGACUUACAGUUAGUGAGUGCAUAAAUUUUUCAUACUGGCCCCCUGUGGGAAUCAAACCCACAUCCCUGGCGUUGCAAGCGCCAUGCUCUACCAACUGAGCUACAGGAGGGCUGCAAAGCUCCACAGCGGAGAUUGGAGAUAUCUGUCCAUAGGACCAAUUUAAGCCGUACACGCCACAGAGCUGGGCUUUACGGAAGAGUGGCCAGAAAGAAGCCAUUGCUUAAAGAAAAAAAUAAGCAAACACGUUUGGUGUUCGCCAAAAGGCAUGUGGGAGACUCCCCAAACAUUACAUUUACAUUUUAGUCAUUUAGCAGACGCUCUUAUCCAGAGCGACUUACAGUUAUAUGGAAGAAGGUACUCUGGUCAGAUGAGGCUAAAAUGUAGGUUUUUGGCCAUCAAGGACAGCGCUAUGUCUGGCGCAAACCCAACACCUCUCAUCACCCAGAGAACACCAAUGUUUUUCAUCGGCAGGGACUGAGAAACUGGUCAGAAUUGAAAGAAUGAUGGAUGGCGCUAAAUACAGGGACAUUUUUGAGGGAAACCUGUUUCAGUCUUCCAGAGAUUUGAGACUGGGACGGAGGUUCACCUUCCAGCAGGACAAUGACCCUAAGCAUACUGCUAAAGCAACACUCAAGUGGUUUAAGGGGAAACAUUUACAUGUCUUGGAAUGGCCUAGUCAAAGGCCAGACCUCAAUCCAAUUGAAAAUCUGUGGAAUGACUUAAAGACUGCUGUACACCAGCGGAACCCAUCUAACUUGAAGGAGCUGGAGCAGUUUUGCCUUGAAGAAUGGGCAAAAAUCCCAGUGGCUAGAUGUGCCAAGCUAUUAGAGACAUACCGACAAAGAAACUGGAAUGGUCUGUGGAUAAAGAAUAAAAACUUGAUUUAGUUGAGUUGAUACCAAAGUAGAGAAUUGGAAAGUUGAUCUUUAUAAUAGACUGUGUAUCAUUUAAUACCCUUUUACUAAACUGAAUUAUGACUGAAGUUAGUUACUCAAGAAGGCUUCCUUAUGAUAAUAGUCUUAUGAUGAUAGAAACUGAUGAGACAAACCUAAUUUGGAAAAUACCUGCUUGAUGGUAGCUAUUAACCCCACUUAAAAUCUCUCUCACGCACUCUCACGCUCUCUUUCUCUCUAUAUCUCUCUCUUUUUCCUCUCAGAGGUGGCUUGGUGGCAAUUUCAUGGUAAGAUAAAGAGCAGCUAGGAGAAAUUAUCCCCCGCAAAAUGGAUCUAAACAAUUGCUAAGUGGAACAUCAGAGAAAAAGGAGAGAAAAAAAGGGUGUUGCAGUUGGCACUUUUAACUUGUAUUAUCUCCCCAGAACAAGGCAUGUUGCUGCAUGCUCAGCGGUGAUGUGGAGGAUAGAUGAGACCUGGAGGUGUUGGUUGGCUUCCACACUGAGACUAAACCUGGCACUGUAGAUGACAUAACAGAGGAUGAACCAUGGUGGGGUUAUUGGACAAAGCUAUUCCCCCACAUAGACUAGUCCUGAGGAAACAAUUUCGAUCUAGGGGUACGUUCCAAAAGAAGUUGGAAUAGGGUGCCAUUUGGGAUGCAGAAAUCUAGGUUUAGGUGUUUCAAAAUAUGCUGCUAGAGGUAAAGGAUCUGUUCCUUCUCAACUUGGCACUCAUAACCUGCAUUAUGGUUUUGGCUUGGCUACUGAGCACAUGCAGAGCUGGCACUAGCUGACAUAACAGAGCAGGAGCAGCCAGCAUCUGGUUUGUCCUUAACAUUAAUCUUGUAGGUCCUGGCAUGGGUUCCCUGGGCUAGGCUGGGCUGGUGUUGCAGUGUUCCACUAUGAGCUAGCCAGGGCUCCUCUCUUUCUGAUUGAUUGUGUUAGUGGAGUUUCUACAACCAAAGAGUAUCAUUUAUUCAUUCAUGACUUCAUUCUUUCUCUAAUCUAGCUGACUCAGCUGCCCAUUGUUGCAUUGGUUUGCUACUGUUAGCGGACUGAUCAUACAGUGAUUCACGGCUAACACGGCUAACAUCACGGCCAUCGAGAUGUUAGCUAUUAAAAUCAGAUCCAAUAAUAAUAUCAGAGGAUUAGAAAUACAGGGCUUAAAAACAAAGGUGUCAUUGUACGCUGAUGAUUCAUGUUUUCUUUUAAAUCCACAACUAGAAUCCCUCCACAGCCUCAUAGAGGAUCUAGAUAUAUUUUCUAACCUCUCUGGAUUACAACCAAAUUAUGACAAAUGUACUAUAUUACUUAUUGGAUCACUAAAAAAUACAAUUUUUACAUUACCAUGUAGUUUACCAAUAAAAUGGUCUGAUGGUGAUGUGGAUAUACUCGGAAUACAUAUCCCAAAGGAAAUAAAUGAUCUCACUUCAAUCAAUUUUAAUAGAAAGUUAGCAAAAAUAGAUAAGAUCUUACUACCAUGGAAAGGAAAAUACCUGUCAAUUUGUGGAAAAAUCACCCUGAUUAACUCUUUAGUAUUAUCCCAGUUGACCUAUUUGCUUAUGGUCUUGCCUACGCCUAGCGAACAGUUUUUUAAAUUAUAUGAGAAAAACAUAUUCAAUUUUAUUUGGAACGGCAAGCCAGACAAAAUUAAAAGGGCAUAUUUAUAUAAUUAAUAUGAAUUCGGAGGACAGAAAUAAUUAAAUAUUAAAGCAUUAGACCUAUCACUAAAAGCUUCAGUCAUACAAAAGUUAUACUUAAAUCCGAACUGGUUCUCAAGCAAAUUAGUAAGAUUGUCUCACCCAAUGUUCAAGAAAGGCCUUUUUCCCUUUAUUCAGAUUACAACAACUCAUUUGCAGUUAUUUGAAAAGGAAAUAAUCUCCCAAAUAUCACUAUUUCUAAAACAAGCCAUAGAAAGUUGGUUGCAAUUUCAAUUUAAUCCUCCAGAAACGACAGAACAAAUAAUGCAACAAAUAUUGUGGUUAAAUUCAAAUAUACUAAUUGACAAAAAACCUUUAUUUUUUGACAGAAUUUAAAACAAAGGUAUAAUCUUCGUAAAUGAUAUCAUCGGUAGGACUGGUGGAGUUAUGUCGCACAUGCAGCUAACAAAAACAUAUGGAAAUGUCUGCUCUACCCAAAAUUACAACCAAAUAAUUGCAGCCUUACCGCAAAAGUGGAAGAGGAAAGUGGAAGGGGGAGAAAGUAAGGAACUUGUCUGUCGGCCUUGCAUUAAAGAACAUAAUUGGUUAAGGAAAACUGUGAUAAAUAAAAAAGUAUAUCAGUUUCACUUAAGGACCAAAGGAUUGACAGCCGUCCCAUAUAGAUUGCAAAAUAGUUGGGAAGAGAUCUUUGACGUACCGAUCCCAUGGCAUAGUGUUUAUGAACUGACACGCAAAACGACACUGGAUUCAAAAAUUAGAAUCUUUCAAUUUAAAUUAUUAUAUAAAAUUCUUGCUACCAAUAGAAUGUUAUUUAUAUGGGGGAUACAAUCUUCCCAGCUCUGCAGAUUUUGCUGUGACAGAAUCAUUAGAUCAUUUGUUUUGGUUCUGUCCAUUUGUAGCUUGUUUUUGGACACAGGUCCAGGAAUGGCUAAAGGAUUGCAAUAUUUACCUGGAGCUAACCUUGUAGAUAGCAUUACUGGGUGAUCUGAAAAGUCAUAGUCAAUCGAUCAAUAAUAUAAUAAUACUUUUAGCAAAAAUGUUUAUUUUUAAUUCACAAUCUGUAGAAGCAAUGAGAAUAGAAAGGUUCAGAACUUUUGUAAAACAUCACAGUACGGUUGAAAUAUAUAUGGCAAAUAGAAAUCCUAUAUGGAUGGUGUUAAGAGAUAGAUGGGAGGUAUUGAAUAGAGUUGAAAGAUGGGACUAAUAACAAAUAACAACAAAUAAUAACAAAGAUAGCUAAUAAUGUAAGCAUACUGUGUCCAUAAUAAGUAUAUAGGUUGUAUGUUGGGAGCUUUUGGGAAAGAGCACAGUUAGAAAGAUAUGGCAUAUAGAAGCAAACCGGAUGGACAUCAUGAAAAUGAUCGGAGAGGUUGAGAGUAGAAGAAGUUCAGGAGCAAAAAAUAUAAAUAUAUAUAUAUAUAUAUAUAUAUAUAAUAGAAUUAUUGUAAAAUGAACUGUGUCCAUAAGGUGUAGAUAAUAAGUAUAGACCGGAAGUAGAGGCCUGGGCAUUGUUGUUCACUAAUUUACUCCAAGUAGGGAAAGGAUGGCGGGGUUGAAAAGUAAUAAAGGGGAGUAUAUAUAUAAAAAACAUGGGGGAUUGGAAGUGAUGCAGACAAUUACAUUGAUAGAAGAUACAAUCUAUCUGCAAUAUUAAGCUGAUCCAUCCCCCCCCCCCCCCCCGAAAAAAAAAAAAACUACACGGCUGGAAUGCACUUUUGACCAAUCAGAUUGCAUGGCCAGAACUAACCGUUUCGUAAUCAACAAGGCAACAGCAAACAUAUUGUCCCCCAACAAUGAUGCAGCGCCCCCCUUGGGCCAAUCAUGGAUCUCUAUGGUGGAUCUCUAUGGCAAAUGCAUCAUUCACCCAGGUUUCGUCAAAAUCGGAUCAGUGGUGUCUGAGAUAUCUCAUGGGUUAGCUAGACUCAAAUCCCUGAGCACGUGUGCCAAAUCUCAUCAAACAGAUCAAGAGAUAUAAACAUGCGCCCAUUAUAGCGCCACCGUGUGGUCGAUAUGAAUGUUCUUGCAAAAUAUUGCGUUGAGAGACAUUUGUCCAUAGAUGCCACAUAUCAAGUUUCGUGCAGAUCGGUCAUUCGUUGCCAUUUUUUCAUGACUUUAGGUCAAAUGGGGUGAGGGGCGUGACCUUUCAAAGUUAGCAUUUUCAAUCUCUUGUUAUAGCGCCACCAUCUGGCCAAUUGGUGACAUUUUGUAAAUGCAAAUUAAGCACUUCUGUUAAAACGGUAAACAAACAUCAAUGUUAACAAAAGUAUACAUAAAUUAAACAAAAGGUUUUUCAGUACAUAGCACCAUUAUAUCCCUGACAGGGGUAGGAAGUUGGCUAUAAUAAUAAUAAUAAUAAUAAUAUGCCAUUUAGCAGACGCUUUUAUCCAAAGCGACUUACAGUCAUGCGUGCAUACAUUUUUGUGUAUGGGUGGUCCCGGGGAUCAAACCCACUACCCUGGCGUUACAAGUGCCGUGCUCUACCAGCUGAGCUACAGAGGACCACAAAUGCCAGGCUAUCCUGUGAUGGAAUAGAAUCAAGUCAAAGAAACCGGUAAAAUGUCUCAAUAGAGCAGUUCACUGUGAGAAGGCCACACUGCGUCUAAUAUAGUCAUUCACCCAAGAUUGGUCAAAAUCGGGCCAGUGCUGUUUGAGAUACACCGUGUGACUAACGUACAGAUCCAAAAUCCAUGGGGAACAACAAUAUAGCAUUGCUACAGGAACGUAUAAAGAAGCUAGGAGAUUCAUCAUGAGAAGAACCAUAUCUCAUAUGUCUCCGUCCUUCUCUGCUCUAUCCAAGCAGCCAGUGAGUCAGUCGGUGGUUAGUCAAAGCUAGCCGAAUGGAUUUCAGAGGCCAUGACUUUAACCCCACCUCAAUAUGAGUUGCUCUUAUUGUUAAUGGCAACCUGGCAUAGGUGGCUCGUCACCUGUCUGCACGCACGCACACACACACACACACACACACACACACACACACACACACACACACACACACCACACUAGCCUGCCUGUCUGCCUGACUACAAUACCAUCUGGGCCACAGCAGAUAAAAGCUCAUAUGUUGCACCCGCGUUGCCUGCAGGUCCGGCGGACGCAGUGAACCCUGAAUUUGUGAAGCGAUGGAGAGAUUUGUGGCGGGCUGAGCAGAGGAGAGGAGAAAAGAGGAGACUGACGGUGGUUAAAGCAUGCUGAGCCAGCCCUGUCACACACUCAUGGUUUAUGCUGUCAAAAAUCCUGCUGCUAAAGUCCCUUUUUUAACCACAGUGCUUUUGAAUUAAAAUCAAACAAAUAGGUUUCAGGGCUAUGGCAGGAGGGGAUCUAUGUGCUGCAAGGGGGGGUUUAUUCAUUUUGGGUUCACUAACAAUCACGUUUCAGAGAGUGGUAGUACUGUUCACCUGAAGUGUUCCCCUGAAGUCUGAAAUUGUGUUUAUAUGGUCUGUGUCCCAAAUGGCACCCAAUUCCCCACAUGGGGCACUACUUUUGACCAGGCUCUGGUCAAAAGUAGUGCCCUAUAUAGGGAAUAUAGUGCCAUUCAGAAAGGGCCUAUGGUAUGUGGUUAAAGGUAUUUAGGUGUGGAGAAUUGUUGAUUGAGUCCACUGUUAUCCCCUAACUAAUGCAGACUCUAGACAUACUCUUGUUUCAUUGUUUUCACACCGCUUGAUUACAUGAUGACAUGAUGUUCUGUCAAAACGACACAAUGAAGUGUGAGUCAUGAGUUGUAAAUUAUAUGUUAAACGUAAUAAAGCUAUUUUUAUUUCUAAAACACGUUCAUCUCCCUUUUUUUUCUCUCUCUGUGUUUGCCAGGUUUGGACCUGAGACAAGUCCAGGUGGUAGCAUUAUCUACCGGGACCAAAUGUAUCAAGGGAGAAUACAUCAGUAACCAAGGACUGGUGGUUAACGACUGUCACGCUGAAAUCACAGCCAGAAGGGCCUUGGUUCGCUACCUCUACUCUCAGUUAGAGCUCUUCUUAAGGUAACAACAUCUAAUGCUUCUGUAACAUAUUAUAAGCAGUGUUAUAAGGCGUCAUUGUAAGGGCUCAUACAAGCUUAUAACACCUAAUAAAACAUUAUACCUGCAGGCAUUAAGUAAAGUGUUGAUGAACUUCCUAUACUCUCAGUAAUAACAUCACAUUUAGUCUCCUUUGAAUUGUACAAGAGUAGGCAUGGGUGUUUUACUAAUGAUCCUUUCAAGUAAAAUGAGGGAUAUGUAAAUUAAUGUGAUAUAAUGGAUGUGUUUUUAAACCACUCUACAUGAGUUAUUUUCGAAGAUGUUCAUUAAAUGCUCCUAAAAAUAAGAUGCUAAAUCAGAUCAUAUUAUAGAACUUGUGUAGCUACGCUUAAAUGACAAUUAUGUUCUUACUUAGCACCAUGGUAACAGAGAAGCGUUAUACAACAAAGACAUUUUCAUAAUCAAGGUGUCAUACUGUAGAUAGACUGUUAUUGUGCCAAAGCAUGAAUUCCUGAUGAAAAUGAUAUACGUUACAUUCUUUGGCUUGUGAAACCGCUAUAACUACCUCUACAAAACCUAAUGUUUGCCCCACCAGAGAAGAAACACAGUCUUCUAAAAAUUCUAGUUUUUAGUUUGAAAUUCUCCAACCUACACAAGCACUUUGGUAAAUUGCAUCAUGUGCUACUAUGAACCAAUCUUACCUGCCAGGCCCUUCUGGCUACUAAAUUGCCAGCCUGAUGUGUCAGAUUAGAGUAGAAAAGGCAAGCUCCUUUAAUGUCAUAUUAGCAUAAUACAGUGUAUUGACUUUUGUCUUUCCUCAAUGUAUAAUAUAAUCACUGGGCCAGAGUCUCAGCGGCUGAGCAAGAGAAAGCUAAUGGGAAAGAUAAGUCCUAUGAAAAUAGCCAAACAUAAUGCCAUAACUGACAUAUUUUCACCCUGUAGCUCACUUGGUAGGGCAUGGCGCUUGCAACGCCAGGGUUGUGGGUUCGUUUCCCACGGGGGGCCAGUAUGAAAAAUGUAUGCACUCACUAACUGUAAGUCGCUCUGGAUAAGAGUGUCUGCUAAAUGACCCAACAUUUUUUUAUUAAAAGACUCGGGUUGAGACAGAAAGCGUCGUAGGGAAUAUACUAGUAUCAUGCAAUGCAUGUCUCCAGAGAUUAAGAAUCUAAAAAUGGUAUAUUAGUACAUGGUAGAACUGAAUUCUCUGAAUUCAAGGCAUCAAAUAGUAAACAUGUGGCAUGGUUCAAUAUGGAUUUGUGAAAUUUAAGUAUAUUUCAGUAAAACAAAUAUUUGCAGGCUCAGUUGGUAGUAGCAGCUACUGUCACACGUCACAAUCAGUAGCUGAAUAGCUGACUGAAGUUUUAGUGGGUAGCCUUGUGUCUAGUAUCAGUCAAGGAUCAUAGUCAUUUCAACCGUUCAGGGAUGAUGUAGGAGAAACUGGUAUACACACACACACACACACACACACAAACACACACACACCACCAGCCCUCUGCUCUCAGUGAUGUAUCAUCCAGUUGAGACAGACUGAGUAAUGUUCAGGGGGCCGACAGUGACAGAGAGAGAAACUGCUUUGGUCAGGGAGAAGGCCAGUGUUUGUAAUCACUCGCUCUCUCCCUCUGUUUCAGUUCAUCAUUGAAACACAGACGGGGGGUUAUGUGUGUACUGUGAUAGAUAGUGGUCACUUCUCAUCUGUCUUCUCUUCUUCCUCAUCUCCUCUUUCUCUUUCUUCUUCUCUGAAGCAAAAGGCGAGAGGACUGGGAAGAGUCGAUAUUCGUCCGGCACAAGGAGUCAGGGUACCGGUUGAGGGACAACGUCCAUUUCCAUAUGUACAUCAGCACGUCGCCCUGUGGAGACGCUCGCCUCAACUCGCCCUACGAAGUCACCACCGACCGUAAGACAGACUCUCUCUCUUUCCAUCGUUAUCGCUCGUUUAUUUUCCCUCCCUCUCUCCUGUCUUCUUUGUGGUUUGGUGUCUUUUUCUCUUUACCAGAGUUUUUUUAAAGGGAACAUCUUCUGCCGGCUGAGAUGUUGAAAGCGACUGCUCUGCUUUUGUCAGACGCUGUCAGAAAACUGGCAUCCCUUUCAUGUCACAUUACAUCCACAGGCCUUUCAGACUGCCAAGCCACUGUGCUAAACAGAUGACAUUUUAAUGCUUACUCCAUAAAAAAAAUGUAUAUUCAUUUAGAUGGCGACGGCUGGCAUUCGUUUUUAUGUGUGACUUACAGGGUUAGCAAUGUAAUCUGCUUGGCAGUUUUCCAUCAAAAAUAUUUCCCCCCCCUUUUUCUCUUAGACAGAUCUAUUCAGCACUGUAGCCAUGCUGCUGGUGUAUCAUUAUAUUGAUGUGGAGGUUCUCACACACACACACACACACACACACACACACUAAAGCGAAGGAGAAAAACAUUUGAGGAGGCAAAUUAAUCACACCAGUAUGAAAGGAACUGAGAGACUGUCUCCCUGGAAAGCUUUGAACUUCACUUUCUUGGUCAUUAAACCUUUUAAAUUUUCAUCAAUCAGCUUUUACAGAUUAGAAAAUUACUUAUGCAGAAGCGUCUCCCAUAAUACCUUUCUCUGCCUUUUUCUCAAUACUUCAGAGGGGAACUCGAGGCUUAACUUUAACCUCAUUGCAUCAAGUGCAGCAUAGCAACACACACACACACAGAGAGAGAGAGAGAGAGAGAGAGAGAGAGAGAGAGAGGACGAGAGAGAGGAGAGAGAGAGAGGAGAGAGAGCGAGAGGGGAGGAGAGAGAUGAGAGCGUGAGAGAGAGAGAGAGAGAGAGGGGAGAGAGAGAGGAGAGAGGAGGAGAGAGAGAGAGAGCAGGAGAGAGUGAGAGGAUGAGAUAGCGAGGAGAGAGGAUGAGAGAGAGAGAGAGAGAGAGAGAGAGAGAGAGAGAGGAGAGAGAGGAGAGAGAGAGAGAGAGAGAGAGAGAGAGAGAGAGAGAGAGAGAGAGAGAGAGAGAGAGAGAGAGAAUAUCUAUAGUGGAGAACUACUUGGCAAAUGGUUUAGAAUCAUUGCCUUUUCAUGGGGUGGUUGAUUUCCGUAUGGGAUGGAUAUAAGGUGGAAUUGCAGGCAGAUACAUAGAGACACAACGCUAGGCAUGAUCGUGUGUGCUACAUACUGUAUAGAACCAGUCAGAUACACAGACAUAGAUGAAUGAAUUCAUGAAUGAAUGAAUGAAUGAACAAAUCUAUUAAUUAACGAAUGAAUCAAUUAAUACCCACACAGACACACAAAUAAGACUGACCGUCCGUCUCUGUUUCAUUCCCAGUGCACAGCAGCAGACACCUGCUGAAGAAGUUCCACAGCCACCUGAGGACCAAGAUCGAGUCUGGGGAGGGGACCCUGCCUGUGAGGUCCUCCAGAGGGGCGGUCCAGACCUGGGACGGGGUACUGCAGGGGGAACAGCUCAUCACCAUGUCCUGCACAGACAAGAUCACCAGGUUAGAUCAUCAGACACACACAAACACACCAUCUCUAUGGUUACCAUGAAAACACACUUUACCCCUCCCCUGUCGAAUUUUAGGACCUGCUAUGUCAUCAAAGGUAAAGCAUAUAUGAUCUGCCUAUAUGACAUUUCAGAGGACAGGAUGAAAAUCGUUGAAUCAACAGACAGACAGUCAUAGCCAGAGGUAAAACAAAACAGUGGAAGUCACAAAGUAAAGGGCGAUGUUCACAAAGGCCAAACUCUGAAUAAUCCAGACACUGCACAGACAGGAACGAAAACACAGGCAUUUAUUGAUCUAAGGGCUAUCUUUAUUGGAGGACUACCUUUUUUAUGAAAACACAUGAUCCCUGUUUAAACAGAGCAUUUAAAAAGAUGGCUUUAUUGACUACAGAGAAGGGUUAGGAUUGGUCUGAUAUUUACUCUGUGUGUGGUGGAUAAAUCUCUGCCCAAGAGCAGGAGAAACAGAACAGGAGCAGGGAACCGGAGAUAUCAUUCAGUCAGUCAGUCAGUGACUUGUGUUGUUGGUUUUUCUCCUGUUGACUGAAUGACGCUGAUUUUUCAUAUGAGGUUGCAUAGGAUAAUCCUAUACUAAUUAGUUAAUGUAGGGGUCUGAGUCAUUGUUUUAAUCCCCUGGCCCUCACACUACCUCCUGGUCUUAGGUUGCCUAGUGCUCUAUAGGGAAUAGGAUUCCAUUUGGGACUUUACCAUGGUCUUUAACAGUCUUUAACAGUACACCCACAGUACAGUGAAUAAGGUCUGCUACCUCUGCUGUGUGAUAUUCCUCCACCACCUACCCAGAGAGAGGGUUCUGGGAUCUGACAUGAGGGGAGACAAGGCGGUAGUGUAUCGAGGCUUAAGUUCGGGGUGAUUUUUUUACUCACCACUAGUGUUUUUUCUGAGAGGUGUCUUUUGACAGCAAUAAAUUAUCCCCUUGUUCUCGAUACGGAUGUUGAAGACAGUGAUGUUGAAUUAAAUCUCUCGUUCUCACCCUGUCUCUUUUCACAGGGAUGUGAGAGUGUCCACACAUUAGCUGUAUUAUCUAACUCAACUAGGGAGAGAUGUGGCGAUGGCAGCUAGCAGCACUGUUUCCCUACAAUUCUCCCGAUAGUUGGAGGUUAAUUGGUGCUGCUAGCCGCUAGCGGGUUUUUUGACAUAUAGGAUACAACAACAUCUGCCUGGCCAUACCUGUCAUAAUCUCGAUACAUAAAGGUAAUUGCCAAAAUAAAGGAAAUUCCAUAAUUUGGUGUUUUGUUGAUGGUGGUGGGAAACGCUGUCUAAGUCGCUGCUCCAUAAGUGUUCAAUUGAGUUGAGAUCUGGUAACUGAGACACACACACACACACACAUACAUACAGUGCCUUGCAAAAGUAUUAAUCUCCCUUGGCGUUUUUCCUAUUUUGUUGCAUUACAACCUGUAAUUUUUAUUUGGAUUUCAUGUAAUGGACAUACACAAAAUAGUCCAAAUUAGUGAAGUGAAAUGAAAAAAAGAACUUGUUUCAAAGAAUUCUAAAAAAUUAAUAACGGAAAAGUGGUGCGUGCAUAUGUAUUCACCCCCUUUGCUAUGAAGCCCCUAAAUAAGAUCUGGUGCAACCAAUUACCUUCAGAAGUCACAUACAUAAUUAGUUAAAUAAAGUCCACCUGUGUGCAAUCUAAGUGUCACAUGAUCUCAGUAUACAGUUGAAGUCGGAAGUUUACAUACACCUUAGCCAAAUACAUUUAAUCCAAGUAAAAAUUCCCUGUUUUAGGUCAGUGUUUCGGGUAGCCUUCCACAAGCUUCCCACAAUAAGUUGGGUGAAUUUUGUCCAAUUCCUCCUGACAGAGCUGGUGUAACUGGGUCAGGUUUGUAGGCCUCCUUGCUCGCACACGCUUUUUCAGUUCUGCCCACAAAUUUUCUAUAGGAUUGAGGUCAGGGCUUUGUGAUGGUCACUCCAAUACCUUGACUUUGUUGUCCUUAAGCCAUUUUGCCACAACUUUGGAAGUAUGCUUGGGGUCAUUGUCCAUUUGGAAGACCCAUUUGCGACCAAGCUUUACUUCCUGACUGAUGUCUUGCUUCAAUAUAUCCACAUAAUUUUCCUUCCUCAAGAUGCCAUCUAUUUUGUGAAGUGCACCAGUCCCUCCUACAGUAAAGCCCCCCCACAGCAUGAUGCUGCCACCCCCAUGCUUCACGGUUGGCAUGGUGUUCUUCGGCUUGCAAGCAUCCCCCUUUUUCCUCCAAACAUAACGAUGGUCAUUAUGGCCAAACAGUUCUAUUUUUGUUUCAUCAGACCAGAGGACAUUUCUCCAAGACGUAUGAUCUUUGUCCCCAUGUGCAGUUGCAAACCGUAGUCUGGCUUUUUUAUGUUGGUUUUGGAGCAGUGGCUUCUUCCUUGCUGAGCGGCCUUUCAGGUUUUGUCGAUAUAGGACUAGUUUUACUGUGGAUAUAGAUACUUUUGUACAUGUUUCCUCCAGCAUCCUUUGCUGUUGUUCUGGGAUUGAUUUGCACGUUUCGCACCAAAGUACGUUCAUCUCUAGGAGACAGAAUGUGUCUCCUUCCUGAGUGGUAUGACGGCUGCGUGGUCCCAUGGUGUUUAUACUUGCGUACUAUUGUUUGUACAGAUGAACGUGGUACCUUCAGGCGUUUUGAAAUUGCUCUCAAGGAUGAACCAGACUUGUGGAGGUCUACAAUUUCUUUUGAUUUUCCCAUGAUGUCAAGCAAAGAGACACUGAGUUUGAAGGUAGGCCUUGAAAUACAUCCACAGGUACAACUCCAAUUUACUCAAAUGAUGUCAAUUAGCCUAUCAGAAGCUUCUAAAGCCAUGACAUCAUUUUCUGGAAUUUUCCAAGCUGUUUAAAGGCACAGUCAACUUAGUGUAUGUAAACUUCUGACCCACUGGAAUUGUGAUACAUUGAAUUAUAAGUGAAAUAAUCUGUCUGUAAACAAUUGUUGGAAAAAUUACUUGUGUCAUGCACAAAGUAGAUGUCCUAACCGACUUGCCAAAACUAUAGUUUGUUAACAAUACAUUUGUGGAGUGGUUGAAAAAUGAGUUUUAAUGACUCCAACCUAAGUAAACAGGUCAGGGACAAAGUUGUGGAGAAGUACAGAUCAGGGUUGGGUUAUAAAAAAAAUAUCAGAAACUUUGAACAUCCCACGGAGCACCAUUAAAUCCAUUAUUAAAAAAUUGAAAGAAUUUGGCACCACAACAAACCUGCCAAGAGAGGGCCGCCCACCAAAACUCAUGGACCAGGCAAGCAGGGCAUUAAUCAGAGAGGCAACAAAGAGACCAAAGAUAACACUGAAGGAGCUGCAAAGCUCCACAGUGGAGAUUGGAGUAUCUGUCCAUAGGACCACUUUAAGCCAUACACUCCACAGAGCUGGGCUUUACGGAAGAGUGGCAAGAAAAAAGCCAUUGCUUAAAGAAAAUAAUAAGCAAACACGUUUGGUGUUCGCCAAAAGCCAUGUGGGAGACUCCCCAAACAUAUGGAAGAAGGUACUCUGGUCAGAUGAUAAGAUUGAGCUUUUUGGCCAUCAAGGAAAACACUAUGUCUGGCGCAAACCCAACACCUCUCAUCACCCCGAGAACACCAUCCCCACAGUGAAGCAUGGUGGUGGCAGUAUAAUGCCGUGGGGAUGUUUUUCAUUGGCAGGGACUGGGAAACUGGUCAGAACUGAAGGAAUGAUGGAUGGCGCUAAAUAAAGGGAAAUUCUUGAGGGAAACCUGUUUCAGUCUUCCAGAGAUUUGAGACUGGGACGGAGGUUCACCUUCCAGAAGGACAAUGACCCUAAGCAUACUUCUAAAGCAACACUCGAGUGGUUUAAGGGGAAACAUUUAAAUGUAUUGGAAUGGCCUAGUAAAAGCCCAGACCUCAAUCCAAUUCAGAAUCUGUGGUAUGACUUAAAGAUUGCUGUACACCAGCGGAACCCAUCCAACUUGAAGGAGCUGGAGCAGUUUUGCCUUGAAAAAUGGGCAAAAAUCCCAGUGGCUAGAUGUGCCAAGCUUAUAGAGACAUACCCAAGAGCUGUAAUUGCUGCAAAAGGUGGCUCUACAAAGUAUUGACUUUGUAGAGCCAAAGUCUACAUUUCUUGUUUGUUUCACAAAAAAAAAUAUUUUGCAUCUUCAAAUUGGUAGACAUGUUGUGUAAAUUAAAUGAUACUAACCCCCCCAAAAUCAAUUUUAAUUCCAGGUUGUAAGGCAACAAAAUAGGAAAAAUGCCAAGGGGGAUGAAUACUUUCGCAAGUCACUGUACGUGACCAUAAGUAUGUGGACACCUGCUCGUCGAACACCUGCUCGUCGAACAUAUUAAUGCCCAAAAUCAUGGGCGUUAAUAUGGAGUAGGUCCCCCUGUUGCUGCUAAAGGUGUUUGAUGGGGUUGAGGUCAGGGCGCUGUUCAGGCCAGUCAAGUUCUUCCACACCGAUCUCGACAAACCAUUUCUGUAUGGACCUUGCUUUGUGCACGGGGGCAUUGUCAUGCUGAAACAGGAAAGGGCGUUUCCCAAACUGUUGCCACAAAGUUGGAAGCACAGAAUCGUAUAGAAUGUAAUUUUAUGCUGUAGUGUUAAGAUUUCCAUUCACUGGAACUAAGGGGCCUAGCCCGAACCAUGAAAAACUGCCUCAGACCAUUUUUCCUCCUCCACCAAACGUUCAGUUGGCACUAUGCAUUGGGCCAGGUAGUGUUCUCCUGGCAUCCGCCAAACACAGAUUUGUCCAUCGAACUGCCAGAUGGUGAAGCGUGAUUCAUCACUCCAGAGAACGUGUUUCCACUGCUCCAGAGUCCAAUGGCGGCGAGCUUUACACCACUCCAGCCGACGCUUGGCAUUGCGCAUAGUGAUCUUAGGCUUGUUUGCGGCUGCUCGGCCAUAGAAACCCAUUUCAUGAAGCUCCCGAUGAACAGUUCUUGUGUUGACGUUGCUUCCAGAGGCAGUUUGGAAGUCGGUAGUGAGUCUUGCAACUCAGGACAGACUAUUUUUACACUACGCGCUUCAGCACUCGGCAGUCCCGUUCUGUAAGCUUGUGUGGCCUACCACUUCGCGGCUGAGCCGUUGUUGCUCCUAGACGUUUCCCUUCACAAUAUCAGCACUUACAGUUGACCGGGGCAGCUCUAGCAGAGCAGAAAUUUGACCAACUGACUUGUUGGAAAGGUGGCAUCCUAUGACGGUGCCACGUUGAAAGUCACUGAGCUCUUCAGUAAGGCCAUUCUACUGCCAAUUUUUGUCUAUGGAGAUUGCAUGGCUGUGUGCUCGAUUUUAUACACCUGUCAGCAACUUGUGUGGCUGAAAUAGCCGAAUCCACUAAUUUGAAGGGGUGUCCACAUACUUUUGUAUAUAUAGUGUAUUCUGAGGUGGCUCUCCUCUUUCCCCCUGAAAGUGACCGUUAAUCUGACCAAUGUGAUUCAGUUGGCCGGGGCUGGAGACGCAGCGAUUACAUCUGUCUAGGUCACCACUAUAGGUGAAAGCAAUUACUUGGCAAAAAAUAGAGGGAUACGACACGGCAGUCAGGGGAAAGGAAAAGGGACAUCCUGCUUUCUUUCUUUCUUUCUUUUUUUUUUUCUUUCUUUCUUUCUUUCUUUCUUUCUUUCUUUCUUUCUUUCUUUCUUUCUUUCUUUCUUUCUUUCUUUCUUUCUUUCUUUCUUUCUUUCUUUCCACCAAGCUAGACAACGUCCGACACCCUCUUUCUCUCCCUCUCCACUCCUCUUUCUCCAUUUAUAUCCUUGUAAAUUAUCCUUGGCCUCCACUGAAGUGAGUGGGUUAGUGAGGGCCAGAUAAUUAAGGUCAGGGUGAAAGAGAUAGGGAUAUAGAGGGAGGAGAGAGAGAGAGCGAGUGAGACAAAGAGACAAAGACAGAGGGGGGGGGGGGGGGGGGACCUAUUUCAGCUGUAAAUAGACACAUCAGAGGUGAAGCCUGCCCUACUGCCACUGUCUGUUUAUGUCCCACAGUUACACUCCUUGUUGUAUCCCUCCCUUCAUCAUAUAUCUCCCUCCAUUCAUUCAUCCCCCACUCCCUCAUGUCAUCAUGUCUGUUUGCGUAGGCGUAGAGUUGUGUUACGGUAAAUGAACCACCAUGAAAGCGUUUGUAUUUUUUAAUUUUUUAAUCAUCGUUACUAUUGUCAUUAUUGUGAUCGUUAGUGUUUUUGAAAAAGCACAACAGGGUCUGGGAACCUGAUUGACCAGAGAGUGGAUGUUUGAUUAAGUCAAUGUAUUUUUUAAUUGAAGGGCCUAAAUGGUUUCAUAUGACUAUGAACCUUUAUCUUCCAUUUGGAUUUUAUGUAGAUGAACACAUUACUUUAAUGGUCUCCAUUUACGGAGAGGAGGAGGGAGGAAGAGAAGGAGGGAUAGAGAGAGGACGGGAGAGAGGACGGGAGAGAGGGAGGGAGUCUCCCCCCUUUAAAAUUCAUGCAACAGCCAGAUGGCUGUCUUUUCUUGCAUGAGAUUAAAAUAUGUUUCUAAUUCACAGCGUUGCUUCCUAGGUAAAUUAAUAUUUCAAGCUAAAUCAUUUCUGUUUUGGUGGAAGGAGCGGGAGGGGAAAAGAGAGAAUAGAGCUCUUUCUUUUGUUUGAAAAAGGACAGAUCCCACUAACAGACUGUGGUGGCGCAGGUACAGCCGAGGUGGCAGUUUGCGCAGUUUAGCGAUUCUUGGAAAGCAUGGAUGUUAAUUGACUGCUCGGGGGAAGCAAAAACUAUAAUGACACAUUAUUAGUCAUGAAUGGGGGAUGCGAGAGGAAAAGAUAAUUUCAAUUAUUACAGUCAUGAUAAAGAUACAUUGAUUAGCAAAAAGAACAAUGGUGUAAAAAUUAGCAACAUAAUGUUUCCCUCUGAUUGCGCUUCUCAUAAGUUCUUUAGUCCAAUGCUUGUGAGUACACAGCUACACAACCCAGGUACACACAGAGGGCCUCUAUAUCUUUGUUCUCUCGCUCUGAAAGGAGGAAAUCAUUAUAAACAUAGUAAUUAUGCCCCAUCCAUUUGUUAAUGUAUUCUGGAAAAUAGAUUAGUCUAAACAGCAAAUGGCAAGGCAGUCUAGAGACAUCUAGGCCUACUAUCUCACCACCAUUCAGAUCUGGGUUCAAAUACUAUUUGGAGUACCAGAUGGGUGGGGUUUUCAGUUUUGCAACUAAAUUAUUUGAAAUUAUUUCAAAUAGUAUUUGAACCCAGGUCUGCCACCAGUAUAGUACUAUCUCACCACCAGUAUAGGCCUAUCUCACCACCAGUAUAUUACUAUAUCACCACCAGUAUAUUACUAUAUCACCACCAGUAUAGGCCUAUCUCACCACCAGUAUAGGCCUAUCUCACCACCAGUAUAUUACUAUAUCACCACCAGUAUAUUACUAUAUCACCACCAGUAUAGUACUAUAUCACCACCAGUAUAUUACUAUAUCACCACCAGUAUAGUACUAUCUCACCACCAGUAUAGGCCUAUCUCACCACAAAUAUAUUACUAUAUCACCACCAGUAUAGGCCUAUCUCACCACCAGUAUAGGCCUAUCUCACCACCAGUAUAGUACUAUCUCACCACCAGUAUAGUACUAUCUCACCACCAGUAUAGUACUAUCUCACCACCAGUAUUAUACUAUCUCACCACCACACUUCUAUGUAAUGGAUGCAGACAGGAUUAGAGCUUUAUUGAUUAUGUGUCACUCGUGGAUCUUCCUAAACAAACUCAGAGGUGAUUGCCCUUGUCCUUAGUCCUCGCGAAAGAAAAGCACACCUGUAAGCACAAACCCUCUAGAAGUGCAUUAACCCUGAUGUCACUGGUGAAUAUAUGAAUGAUAAUAUCUGGUCGGCUGUAAUGAGUGAUAAUGCUCUAACCUUUGUUGAGUGUGUGUGUGUGUCACCAUUUGUUCCCUAUCUUGUCACGUCCUUUGGCCAGAUAAUGAUCAGAUUGUCUCUGUCCAUCACUGACGCUAGUUCUCCCCUCUCUCCUCUCUUCUCUUUUGUCCCCUGUCUCCUUCCUCUCUUCUCUUUCUUCUAUUCCCUCCUCUCUGCCCUUCUCUCUCUCCACCCCUCUUUCUCUCUCCUCUCCUCGCGCUCUCUCGCCUUUCCCACCUCUCCUCUCCCCCCUCUCCUUUCCUGUAGAUGGAACGUCCUGGGGCUGCAGGGGGCAUUGUUGAGUCACUUUGUGGAGCCGGUGUACCUCCACAGUCUGACGGUGGGCAGCCUCAGACACCCGGGUCACUUCAACAGGGUGAUGAGUCAGAGACUGGAGUGCCUCGGACCGCUGCCCGCCGCCUACAGACGCAACCAGCCUCUCCUUAGUGGUAAGAGACACAGAGACAGACUGACAGCCUGACUGACUGACAGACAGACAGACAGACAAUGCAACACUAUACAAAAUGUAUCAUGAUGAUAGUUUUAACUUUGGAUAUGUUUUUGGAUAACAGUGUGUUCACCCUCCAUACACACACGGCUAGGGAGGUAGGUUGUGCACAUUACUCUUGAAGGGCAUUCUGCCUCUCUAAAGAUCCCCAGUGCUGCAGAACUCUGGGUAAUUAGGUGUCAUAAGGAUGAAUAUUUUUACAGCUCCAUCAUCAUCAGGAGUGAUUAUUGUAUAGAAGGACCUUUAGUGAUGAUGGUCAUAAUGAAUGUAUCAUUGAACCACCAAGAACACUGUAGGGUCACUUGGAAGUUGUCUGAAGUAUUAAGUUAGGUACUGAAGACAGUCCAUACAUAAAGGACAUAGUAUGUCUCCAUAAGAGAAUUGCUCCUUCUGCUCGAAAUGUGGAUGUUUUGCUCAAAGGUUGACAUAAAUUCUUUGAGAAAUGUUUGUCUUUCAUUUCAUCGUUGUUGACAAAGGGCAGAAUGGUGACCUUUACCUUGGACAAGCAGAACUUCAAAACAAAACAGAGGUGGCCACAGACAUCUGCCACAAGCAUUCUGCCUGUCGUUCUAGACAUCCUUCUGAGUGUGUUUCAAGUUUCAAGUUUUAUUAGUCGUAUGUACAAGAUACGCAUGGUAUACAUCGUCCAACGAAAUGCUUACUUGCAGGUUCCUUCUCGACAAUGCAACAACAAUAAUAAAUAAUAAAAGAUAAGAAUACGAAUCCAGAAUUCUAAAUAAUGUCACAGGUCUGGGUCGGAUCUGAUAUGAUUGUCACGGGGUAAUUUUAACUGACUGAUCCGAACGUGACUGCUGCAGUCGAGAGAGAGACAUUUUAUCAUUUAUGCUGCUGGUCUUGCUUUUCAGGAGAGUGGCAUGUGUAGCUUGUUGUUGGCCAAUCAUAAGUCAUCAAAGCGGCAAUAGGCUACAGUCAUAAAGCCUCUGUUUUUUGCAAAAGUUAGGAGAUAUCUAAUCAAUGGAAUAUGGAAUUAAAAUUAUGGAAUUAAAAGUUAAAGGAGGAGGAGAGGCUACAACAACCAAGAGCCAACAGGUAGGCUUCUACUUAAUAUUCUGAAUGGAGUUGUUGUUGUUUGUAACUGUAGGAUGAGAAAGCCCAUGAACUGCAGCCUCAAAUAGCCUAGCUAGCUAACAUUAGCUAGCUUAACAAGCUUCUCCCGGUUUGAUUUUUUUAUUUAUUUUUAUUUCACCUUUAUUUAACCAGGUAAACCAGUUGAGAACAAGUUCUCAUUUACAACUGCGACCUGGCCAAGAUAAAGCAAAGCAGUGCGAUAAAAACAACAACACAGAGUUACAUAUGGGGUAAAACAAAAAAAACAACAAAAAAAAACAAAAAAUAUACAACAGAAAUACAAUUAAUAUACAGUGUGCAAAUUUAGCAAGUUAUGGAGGUAAGGCAAUAAAAUAGGCUAUAGUGCAAAAUAAUUACAAUUUAGUAUUAACACUGGAAUGAUGUGCAAGAGAUGAUGUGCAAAUAGAGAUACUGGGGUACAGAUGAGCAAAAUAAAUAACAAUAUAAGGAUGAGGUAGUUGGGCGGGCUAAUUUCAGAUGGGCUGUGUACAGGUGCAGUGAUCGGUAAGGUGCUCUGACAACUGAUGCUUAAAGUUAGUGAGGGAGAUAAGUGUCUCCAGCUUCAGAGAUUUUUGCAAUUUGUUCCAGUCAUUGGCAGCAGAGAACUGGAAGGAAUUGCGGCCAAAGGAGGUGUUGGCUUUGGGGAUGACCAGUGAGAUAUACCCGCUGGAGCGCAGACUACGGGUGGGUGUUGCUAUGGUGACCAAUGAGCUAAGAUAAGGCGGGGAUUUGCCUAGCAGUGAUUUAUAGAUGGCCUGGAGCCAGUGGGUUUGGCGACGAAUAUGUAGUGAGGACCAGCCAACAAGAGCGUACAGGUCACAGUGGUGGGUAUUAUAUGGGGCUUUGGAGACAAAACGGAUGGCACUGUGAUAGACAACAUCCAAUUUGCUGAGUAGAGUGUUGGAGGCUAUUUUGUAAAUGACAUCGCCGAAGUCGAGGAUCGGUAGGAUAGUCAGUUUUACGAGGGCAUGUUUGGCAGCAUGAGUGAAGGAGGCUUUGUUGCGAAAUAGGAAACCGAUUCUAGAUUUAACUUUGGAUUGGAGAUUCUUAAUGUGAGUCUGGAAGGAGAGUUUACAGUCUAACCAGACACCUAGAUAUUUGUAGUUGUCCACGUACUCGAGGCAGGUACUACGUAAUCAUAUUUGAUGAUAAGUAACCUAGCUAUGGCAGCGAUUAGUCUACUAUAGCGUUGAUUGGUUAGUUGCUGUCUCUCGUCUCUCCCUCCCAGCUCCCUGUGUCACUUGUUUACAGUACAGCCCCUCCCUCGCCUGCUAGAGUGGCACCUCUCUCCCUCCUCUUGCGCUUUAUCAGCACCAGUUAAUAAAGUAGCUUAACAUUUUAUUUUUAUGCUGCUUCCCUCACUCGGAUCAGACCUGUUCUGGAUCCGACCAUGUCUAUAUGGAACAGGUCUAGUUGUCCUCGGGUCCGUUCGGAACGGGUCUCUAUAUUUUAAAAAUGCAUUUAUGCAUAUCGAUUCCGGGUGGGAAAGCCCCAGGUCCAUUUCGGAACGGGUCCAACUUUAUGGACCCAUGAAGACCUCUAGUUGGAGCGGUUGGCAAAUUGGAGUGGGUCCAGUGUGUCUGGCAUGCUGGCCUUGAUGUGGGCAAUAACCAGCCUCUCAAAGUACUUCAUGAUGACUGAGGUGAGCGCGGCGGGGCGAUAGUCAUUUGGGAAUGUCACUUAGUUUUUCUUGGGCACUGGGACGAUGUUGGUCUCCUUAAAGCAGAUGGGGACUACAGCCUGGGACGGGGACAGGUUGAAGAUGUCUGAGAAGAUGCCCGCCAGCUGGUCAGCACACAUGCUGAGGACGCAACCAGGGAUGCCAUCUGGGCCGGCGGCUUUGUAUUCACUCUUUUGAGAGUUUUCCUCACGUCUGCCUCGGAGAGUGAAAGCACCUGGUCGUCCGGAGCAGCAAGAGUCUUCCUGGAUGACUCGGUAUUGUCUGCCUCGAAGCGAGCAUAGAAUGUGUUAAGCUUGUCUGGGAGGAAGGCUUCGAUGGGCACCGACAGCUGGUGUGUCUAAGAUGGCGGCGCUGAGGAGGGCGCGCGUCUUGCCGGUUCCUGCUCGACUUUGCUUUUUUAUGGCAAUUUUUGCUUUAAUUAUUACAUUGUUUAAACAGAAUGUUCGUGCAAUCAUUUCCUACGACCGACAAACACUUCUGGAUCAUGAAUCGGAAGCUACACACUCUCUCCUCCCAGAUCUGGAAUACUGCAUUCCCUCCUUUUUUCCCCGCAAAGUGGGCUUACCUGUUGCUCCUGGCCGAGAUGACCUAAGGCAAUGCCCGCGACGAAAAAGAGGAAGGAAACGGGGACUCCAAGCUAGGCUGAAAAGACAGGCUAUACGGCCUCCUCUUCCUAGUAUCCUGAUGGCUAAUGUCCAGUCGCUGGAAAACAAACUUUGUGAACUCAGUGCAAGGCUUCAAUUGCAGAGGGACAUCAGCGAAUGCUGUGUCUUUGUGUUUACUAGGGCGGCAGGUAGCUUAGUGGGUAAGAGCGUUGUGCCAGUAACCGAAAGGUCGCUGGUUCUAAUCCCCGAGCCGACUAGGUGAAAAAUCUGUCGAUGUGCCCUUAAGCAAGGCACUUAACCCUAAUUGCUCCUGUAAGUCGCUCUGGAUAAGAGCGUCUGCUAAAUGACUAAAAUGUAAAUGUAAAUGUUUACUGGGACGUGUGCAUGCGUGCGUGUGUGUGUAUCUUUGCUGUCUGAACCAUGGAGCCAGUAGAGGACUGGGGGAGGAGGAGAGGAGAGGGGGUCAUUGGAGAGAUGGCCCUACUCCAAAUCAAUGUAAUCACAGCUCUUAUCAGACAACCAUUCAUUGUGGAGGAAGGGAGUGAGAAAAGAGGAGGUGCGGGGGGUGGAGGGCGAGGGGGAGAGAGAGAGAGAGAGUGGGAGAGAGGGAUGAACGGAUGGUCCAUUCCAUUCACUCCCAGGACCCAGGACCCAGGACCCAGGACCCAUGCUCCCUCCUCCUCCACCCUCCCUCCACCUUUUCAUUCAUCCUGCCCUGAUGAGAUCCUCCACCAUUGUGUCUGGGCCUCUUGUUCAGGGAAAUGGCUGGGUUAUUUUAAGUCCUGUCAUAUGAAAGGCUCUGGCUCUGACUGAGUUCCCCAGGAGCUCUUAUCACUGCCAACCAAAUGACUCCACCUGCAGCAGAGAGCAGAGGAGGCUAAACACAUCAAUGAGGUUGUCCUUCAAAAAGUCACCUGGAUUUAACCCAACUGGGAGACACCACACUGGAGACACGGUCUGGAGUUACUUUUACUAUUAGAGAGUGUUUAGAUUGUAGGCAUCAUGCAUUGCCAGUGCUGCCUUUUGCCUCAAUCAAUCACAUUUAAGACUUUUCAAUUGACAUUCUUGGAUGUGGCGUGGUCUAAUAAAGUGUUGUCCCCUCCACAUUCACAGUCCUAAGUUGCUAUUCUUAUUAGUGUUUAGAUUGCAUGUAUCAUGCGUUACCAGCACUGCCUUUCGCCUUGCUCACAUUUGAGACUUUUCCGUUGUCCACUCAAUAUUAAUGCUGCAUGUGCGUGCAAGGCUCUAAGCAGUGGCCACAGGAAUGGUUCUUGAAAUAAUUUUAGUGGUAGUGGUGGUGGGUUUUUAAUAUGAAUAUUUAUAUUUUCCAGCUAUUAUUAUUAUACAUCACAUAACCACAGGUUUGAAUUGGUCUACUUGAUGAGCUACCUGCAGAGCACUAACUAGAAUAGAAAAACUGAUCAAGACUUCACAGAGGAAAAAUCAAAUUGGCUAUUACAGAGACACAAGAGUCAAGUCGAUUGAAGGGAUCAAAUGAGGCAUGAAUAGAGGCAGUAUGAUUAGAGAGAGAGAGAGAGGGAGACAGGAGAGGGAGAGAGAGGGAGACAGGAGAGAGUGAGAGGAGAGCGAGAGCGAGAUCCUCUUUUGUUCAAAGAGGUGUCUCUAUAAGAGAAUGGAGGGAUGGUAAUAAGAGACUAGGUGAUUGUUAUGUCGGCAGGCAAUUCAUUCCAGCUCUGAAAAGCUAUAGAAAAGAAGGAAGAGAGGAAUGAAAGACUGGUGAAUGGAAGAGAGAAGAUGGGAGGAUGGGAGAAUGAGUCUGCCACACAGAAAGAUGAUCACUGAGAAUAUGUGUUAAAUCUAUUUUGUGUUAUAUCUCAGAAUGCAUGGCUUUGUGUCCAUACAAUUGUAUGACCAAGUCCUUUUUCUUACGGUAUCUUUAUCAAAACUGCUUCAUCUACUAAUUACUGCUAUAGUAAUAGCGUUAUUAAUUAUGAGCGAUUCAAUCAUAUCAUUAAUAUGAACACUUGUCCAGACUUAAACAUUUUAUUCAAAUGCAGACAUAUUAUGGUGCAUGGUACUUUGCAUGACUUCUUAGUUACCUGUGUCAUGGUAAACAUUCCUACUUGUAUUUUCUACUGUGUUUCCACCAGGGCAUAACUACAUUAUAAUCAGUGUUGAUGUCUUGACAAUGCUGCUACUGUUCUUAAGGGGAGUGCUGGAGUGUGUCAGAUUUUUUUUUUAGCUGCACUCAGCAGGGGUGCUAAUUCCCUGUGUCCGUAGGGGGGAACUGGUUGUCACUUCUCUUGUUCUGUAACGCUGGGUGCUAAUUCAUUGUACAUGAAGUCUGGUGGCUGAGUCUCCUCUCCUCCUCCCAUCCUCCUCCUCUCCCUCCUCCUCUCCUCACCAUCCUCCUUUCUCAAUAUCCUCCUCUCCUCCUCAUCUCCUCCUCAUCCCAUUUUCCUCCUCGCCUCCUAACCUCCUCCUCUUCUCCCCUCCUCCACCUCUCCUCCUCCUCCCCUCCACUGCUUUUUGUGCAGAGUGCUAGCGGAGCGCUAUGCUAGCUAAUUGGAGGUGAGAGGCUGUGUCUGAUUGAGGAGUCCAGUGAGGGACCUCAGUAUCUCAGGCACCGUGUUUACCACAGAUAUAGUGAAGCUUCAAACGCCCACGUUACAUUAUCCACGUCAACACGUUUCCCUUUAAUGAAAUGCACACUUGCAUGCUUGAUAGACCCUCUCUAUCUUUCUUUUUCUCUCACUCUCUUUCUCUUCUUUUCUCUCUCUUUCUUUCUCCCCAAUCACUCCCCCCUCACUCUCCUCUCUCUCUCUAGCUCUCUUCCUUUUCCUAUCCCUUCCUCCCUUCCUCUCUCACUCUCACCCUAGUGUAUCUCUCUCUCUCUCUGUCUCUCACUCCCUCUUCCUAUCCCUCCCUCCCUUCCUCUCUCCCUCUCCCCCCAGUGUCUCUAACUGCUCUCUGAGGACAGAGGCUGGUGUAUAAACAGCUUGGAGUUAGAGAACCAGGUUGACUACUUUUUUGCAUCACUGCAAACGUUGCAUCUGUUUUUUGCUAGAGGGAGUUAACCACAAAAAAGUUAAAAUGAAAAGCAAAUCAAAGGUAUAAAGUUCAGGUUCAGGUGAAACAAAGAUACAGUAAUUUCAUGUUUCAGCUUUUUUUUAUUCUUCAAAUGUUGCAUUAGUGCAAAAGUGUAGCAAAUAUUUCCAUUUGGGCACUAUUUAGUUCAAUUGAGACAGCAGUCUCCAACAAGACGGUUCCCUGUCCCCAUGUGUCUAAUCUCUCGUGGACAGACUACAUAAACAUAAACGGUAGCGUAGAUCUGUCAUGAUACACCUGGAUGCAUGAGAUAAGGAGCAGCAUUAGUUCCAGUGCUUGGGGGUUUUCGUCACUGGUUAUUUGGACAAAUCAUAAUGUCGCAGGUGUUAGCAUCUUUUGAAUUUCAGAAGGGGAGGGGACAUUUGGCCCAUAGACUUGCCGGUAACUUGCAAAGAGAGAGGGUGGAGCUCUUCUUUCUGGUUCCGAUCUCUUCUCAAUAUGUAUGGACCCAGAACUUAAAGGUAGACUCAGCGAUGUGACGUAGAUGCAAAAAGUAAACAGCAUAGUGGGUCAGUUUACCAUGCUGUACACAGUGUGAAGCAAUACUGUGCACAUGCACAGAUACUGUUUGUGACUGUGUGAGAGCGAAGUGUUGCAUCUAUCAAUAUCUGCGGUGCUGCUCGUGGCAACGUCAUUUCGCUGAGUCUACCUUUAAUCGAGCAUCUGACCAAUUACUUGAGUCUUUAGUUCUGGGUUAACCGGGAUUACCCUGUGUCUAAUAUGACUAAAAGCUUAAGCAAUCACACACCAAUUUUCAAAAAAAUUUUUAACAUGAUAUCCAAUUGGUAGUUACAGUCUUGUCCCAUUGCUGCAACUCCCCUACAGACUCGGGAGAGGCGAAGGUCGAAAGCUAUGUGUCCUCCGAAACAAGACCCUUCCAAGCCGCAUUGCUUCUUGACACACUGCUGGCUUAACCCGGAACCCAGCCGCACCAAUGUGUCGGAGGAAACACCGCCCAGCUGGCGACCGAAGUCAGCCACAAGGAGUCACUAGAGCGCGAUGGGACAAGGAAAUCCCAGCUGGCCAAACCCUCCCCUAACCCGGACGACGCUGGGCCAAUUGUAUGCCGCCUCAUGGGUCUCCCGGUCACAGCUGGCUGUGACACAGCCUGGGAUCGAACCCGGGUCUGUAGUGAAGCCUUAGACUGCUGCACCACUCAGGAGGCCCUAAUCACACACAUUUUAAUAAGACAAAUUACCUUUUUCCUGUGCGUCCCUGCAGGUCUGAGUGUCAGCGGUGAGUGUCGUCAGCCGGGGAAGUCUCUGUGUGUCAGUGUGAACUGGACUUGUGGGGACGGUCAGCUGGAGGUGGUCAACACGGCUACGGGACGGAAGAGGGACUCUGGGACGCCAUCAAGGCUCUGCAAGCAUGCUCUGUUCACCCGCUGGGCAAGGCUGUACCGCAAGGUGAGUACUGCAGACAGAAAUACACAGACACUAUGCACUGUAUCAUAAUGAAUACAGAUGUUCUAUCUUAAUUUGAUCACUCUGUUGUUGCAGAGAAUUUUCUAGGUUUAAAAAGGUUUCUAAAGUUUAAAAGGCUUCUAAGGAGUAAUUUCCACUUUAAAAUGUCAGCCUUGAUUUUCCCUAACGAAAAAUUUAUGUUUUAUUUUUCCUUUAUUUAACUAGGCAAGUCAAUUAAGAACAAAUUAUUAUUUACAAUGACGGCCUACCCCGGCCAAAUGCGGACAACGCUGGGCCAAUUGUGCGCCGCCCUAUGGGACUCCCAAUCACGGCCGGAUUGUGAUACAGCCUGGAAUCGAACCAGGGUCUGUAGUGACGCCUCUAGCACUGAGAUGCAGUGCCUUAGUCCGCUGCGCCACGCGGGAGUAUCAACCCCUAAAAUGUAUUAUAAACCAUAUAAUAAUUCACAUGUCAUGUUGCUGCAGGAUAAUUUUUCUGCUGUGAGAAACUGGUCAAAUGAAGGAAGUAUAUCUGUACAUGGCAUAACAAAAUGUCAUACCAUGCCUUUAAUAACGACUAACCAAGCUUCUGGUGAGUAGUGUGGAACCACUUGACAUCUCUCUGUGUCCAGCAACAGCUGCCACAGUACUCUACAGCAGCUUACCCCCUCUUUACACAAUAGCAGCCUAUUAUUUUAGAACAAACACAAAGCUCAGUUUAAUUUUCAUUAUGAAAAUGUGUGUAAAUGCCUGCAAAACCCAAAUGGUGGCAGUUAAAUUAUAAUGAUUAUAAAACCAUAAUUAUUUGGAGAAGCACUUGAGGAGCGCCGCCCUUGGAAAUUGGUCCCUGCACGCAGUAAGGCAUGCAACAGCAGACACAGUAAUCUCCAAAGAAACUUGUGACUGACUGUGCCUACGUCCCCUCUCUCGCCUCGCCUAGCGGCUGCUGCUCUUCUCUUUCUGCCUGUGCAACAAAGGAAAUGCACAAAAGCACAGAGAAUGUUCAAUUGCUUGUGAAAUUUAAAUGGGGAGAUUACACAGCUGUUGAAGUUCCCCGUUUGUGCCGGCUCAUUAGUUUUGUUUUGCUCUCUAUCUCUCUUACCCUAACCCUCUACCCCAUCCUUUUCUCACUCUUCCUUCUCUCUCCAGUUGAGUAUCCAUGCUUCCGGGCCCGUGGACCAGCCACUGAUGUACUGUGAGGCCAAGAUGGCUGCCGGCUCUUACCAGACUGCCAAACAGCAGUGGUUCAGAUCGCUACUGGAGACAGGCCUGGGAACCUGGAUGAAGAAACCUCCAGAGCAGGAGAGCUUCCUGCUACAGGACUAA